AUGUCGGAUCAUUCAGAACUGGUUGUGGCAUGCAUUGCAUGCGCACUCAACUCAUGUCAAAUACCUUGCGUUCUCUGGGGCCACUCUCUGCUCAAUGUCCAUGGCAUUCCCUCAAUCGUCGCAUCGGUUGAUUUCGUUCUCCCAGACCAUCUACUGAUGGCGGGUGCCAAAGCCCUCGAAGGACUACACAUCAUCAGACCAUGUCCCGGCCAGGAAACAUGCCUAACGAGCUCCCCAGAACGGCACACGCCACCCCCAGCACAUCACUUUCAUCUCCAUGAGUCCGAUGUCACGGUUGGUCUCUACCUUCACUCGGAGACGCUUUGGUUCUUGCCAGUUCUCGACAGCUCUCUUUCAUGUCCUCCAUGUCCAGACACCUCCAAGCUUCCUCCACACUUCACGCUCGCCUCCGACGAGGCCUCUCUUCCCCCUCGGCGGCCAGGUCGCGGAUUCGGCGUUUUCAAGCCAGAGAGCGGGCCGGUUGUGGUUCCAAAAGCUCACGUGCUCUUGGAGGCAUUCUUGCGUCUCUAUGCGCGCGAUUCGGCGAAGCGCAUAGGUGCUUUUGCCAUCGCCAUGAUAGGGUACGUGGAGCAGUAUAUCGACGACGACGGGCUCUUGGACGCAAGCCGGCUCCCGGAACCUCUCAGGACCUCCUACAUGGACCUGAGGCAAGGAAGGAAACCGGUCCGCCAAUGGACAAAAGAGUUGAAACAGGCUCUUCAACUGCCCCAAGAGGAGAGCGAGUCUGACGAGGAGGAUGACUGCUGGACGUAG